AUCUGUCAUUAUUUGUGCGGCAACGAAAGCGUGUUGCGUGUUUCUUCAAGAAAGUUUGACAAAAAAGGCUAAAUUGCAUAGCUUCUCAAAUAAUAAACGAUUCCAAAAUGUGAUUUUUGUGGUAUAUGUAUCAAUUUACUUGAAAAAAAAAAAAAAGAAAAACAUUCUUCAUGUGCAAAUCAUCAAAGAUGGUUUCGAGCGCUACGAGGGUGAUUCAAGUUACCAACAUCGCUCCUCAAGCGACAAAGGAUCAAAUGCAAACAUUGUUUGGUUACUUAGGGAAAAUAGAUGAUAUUAGAUUAUACCCAACAAUCAGAGAUGUAUCCUGUCCUGUGCAGUCACGAAUUUGCUACGUUAAAUAUUACGACUCUGCAACGGUUAAUGUCGCUCAACAUAUGACGAAUACUGUGUUCAUCGACCGCGCUUUGAUCGUGAUUCCCAUGCAAUCUGGCGAGAUUCCCGAUGAACAUAAGGCCUUAGAAAUGUCAAGUAAUGGUACACUAGUACCGGGAUUCAGUACUGUCGAGCCACGGUUACCGGCACAUGUAAUUAACACAUUAGAAGGCGUCCCGCCAAAUCAAGUUAUACAAACUUAUGAUCCCAAAAUAGUUGAAGCGGGACUGCCGCCUUAUCCACCACUUCCAGCGGCAUAUGAUUCUAGAAAGAUAGAAGAGAUAAGAAGAACACUUUUACUUAUAGAUGUAGGUGCCCUAACUCAUCAACAACUGGUAGAUCAUUUUUGUCAAGCAGGUGAGAUCAAUUAUUUGCGCUUCUGUGAACGAGAUGUCGACAGUCUCAAGUAUGCAUUGCUUGAAAUGACAGAACAAGAAAAUGUUUUAAAAGCUCUUCAAUUAAACGGUACCACAGUGGAAGGGCAGAUUAUAAAGGUGCAUCAUGCUACUCAGGCUAUUUCAAAGCCUCAAACAAAGAGUAAUGAAGCUGCCCAAAGGGAAAUAGAAGAAGCCAUGUGCCGAGUCAAGGAAGCACAGAACCUUAUAUCGGCUGCUAUAGAUCCUGUUAUAGGGCUGUUGUCUAAGGACAAGAGGAGAACACGUUCCCGCUCCCGCUCGCGGCGCCGCUCGCGCUCGCGCCACCGCAGCAAGCGCUCGCGGUCGCGCUCCCGCCACCGCUCCCGCCGCUCGCGCUCCCGACACCGGCACCGCACCAGAUCUCGUUCACGUCAUCGCAGCUCCCGACGGACUCGCUCGAGAUCGCGCCAUCGCAGUUCGCGAUCAAAACGCGACAAAUCCCGUGACCGCGAUCGCAAAGACAAAAAGGACUCUGAAAAGGACAAAAAAGAAAAUAAAGAUAAGUCUAAAACACCACCAAAGGAGGUCGAGAAAGAAGAAAAAGAGGAAGUGAAAAUAGAAAACGCAGUGAUCGAAACCAAUGGAACAUCUGAUUCGAAAUCUAAAGCUUCGACGCCCGCAGAAGAAAAGGAGAAAUACGUUGAGGUUGAAAAGGAAAAGGACACUAAAGAGAAAGAUAAAGAGAAGGAAAAAGAUAAAGAGCAGGAUAAAGAUAAAGAGAAGGAAAAAGAUAAAGAGAAGGAAAAAGAUAAAGAAAAGGAGAAAGAUAAAGAAAAGGACAAAGAUAGAGAAAAGGAUAAAGAAAAGGAAAAAGAGAAAGAUAAAGAUAAGGAGAAAGAAAAAGACAAGGAAAAGGAUAAGGAUAAAGUGAAAGAAAAGGAUAAGUCGCCUUCAAAGAAAAAGGAUAGAUCGCGUUCGAGAGAUCGAAAACGAGACCGCUCUCGUUCUAAGCGUAGAUCCCGAUCUCGGUCGAAAAGAAAACGCUCAAAGUCACGUAGACGAUCACGUUCACGAGAUAGGAAGAGAUCAAGAUCAAGAGAUCGGAAAAGAACGCGAUCACGAGAUAGAAAGCGUUCUAGGUCGAGAGAUCGUCGGAGAACCAGGUCGAGGGAUAGAAAAAGAACCCGCUCCAGGGACAGGAAGCGUACGCGAUCACGUGACCGUGAUCGUGACCGCGACCGCGACCGUGAUCGUGAACGUGACCGUGACCGUGACCGCGACCGUGACCGAAAGCGUUCCCGGUCACGCACGCGGAGGUCUAAAAGUCGUUCUCACAGAGAUUCAAAGACGCCUCACUCAAGAAAGUCUCGCGAUCGCUCGCCCAAUCUGCCGCCAGUGAUCGAGGAGAAGAACAAUUCACUAAUAGAUGAUAAAAUCCUUGACAUGACGGAUGAGAAAAAUUCGCCAGAUAAUAUGGACAUUUCCAAUUCCCCGUAAUUAAGAUGUUUCUAUAAUAACCAUAUAAGCAGGACAUGUAUAAACGAUUUUUAUUUUUAAAUAUUUUUAUAAGCGUCCUUCGAUUGUAAUCUAGUGUUUUUCAUCUUGUUUUGUAGUAGGGAUUUAAAAAUUGAUUAAUAAGUUAAGAGUAAUAAAUUGUAAAAUCAAA